GUUCACUUCAUAGCUUCCAGUUCAGUCAGAGAAGAAACACAACGACAAAAUCUAUAAAGUCUACCAAGUUUUACCACACAAGGCACCACGCGCUAAAAAUAACAUUAUUUUUCCUCCAUCAUGAUACCGUUUAAGAAAAAAACAAACGACAUUAUAAAAAAUGUUGCCGUCUUACUAAUAUUACUCUGUAUAUCGAAGAAUUGUUUUAGUUUUGUUCAAGAAUCCGAGAAAAUCAAGAAAAACCUUUAUGAAGUAGAACGUCGGCAAAAUUCGCCGUACAAAGAUGAAUCCCGUCGAAUAAUAGCUGAAUCUAGACAAGAAGAAAUAGCUACUUCUACCAACAUUCGAGAUGUUCGGGCAGAUUCGCGGCAGUCAAGAAUCGAUGCCAAAGAUAUCCGAACUGACUUUAGAGAAAUUAGAAGUGAAUUAUCCAGAACUGGUAAGAAAAACCUGAUUAUUGACGAUAAAAAAGAAUGGGCACUAAAAGUAAAUAAGAACAAACCAUAUUACUCCCUUAGACAUAAACAGAGCCAAUAUUCAAACUCAGAAAGUGGUAACGGUGUGUCAAGUAUACAAUUAAUACGAGAUUUAAACAACGGACGUCAAGAAGCACAAGUUUCUGAACGCAAAAUUCAAGAACGUCUUUUUAAGAAAACAGACAAUAAGCGAUAUUUUCGAAAUCCUAGUUUUCCAAAACGAGAUAUCCCCCGAGAACGUUCAAUUCUAGCAGAUCCUCGAAGAGAAACUGAAGAACGUUUUUCUGAUAAUGAAGACAGGUCUAUAGAACGACGAUGUACUCUACAAGAACGUUCAGUUCGAGCAGAUUCUCGCCGAGACACUGAAGAGCGUCUCGCUGAUAGAAGACUGAACAAUCAACUACUUUUUCGUAAACCCAGGACUACAGAACGACAAGAAACUCUCGGCGAGCGUUCAAUUCGAGCAGAUUCUCUUCGAGAAACUGAAGAACGUGUUUCUGAUGGAAGAUUAAACAACCAACGAUAUUCUCGUAAUCCCAGAUCUACAGAACGUGAUAGUCUUCGAGAACGUUCAGUUCGAGCUACUACUAAUCCAUAUUCUCGUCGGGACACCGAAGAACGUCUUUCUGAUAGAAGAUUAAACAAUCAACGAUAUUCUCGUAAACGCGCGUCCAUAGAACGACGAGAUACUCUACGAGAACGUUCAGUUCGAGCAGAUUCUCGUCGGGACACUGAAGAACGUCUUUCCGAUAAAAUAUUAAACAACCAACUAGCUUCUCGUGAUCCUAGAUCUACAAAACGUGAUAAUCUUCGAGAAUGUUCAGUUCGAACAGAUUCUCGCCGAGAUACUGUACUUCCAGCAGAUUCUCGCCGUGAUACUGAAGAGCGUCUCUCUGAUAGAAGAAUACAUUCUCGUAAACUCACGUCUACAGAACAACAAGAAACUCUCGGCGAGCAUUCGGUUCGAGCAUAUUCUCGUCGGGACACCGAAGAACGUCUUUCUGAUAGAAGAUUAAACAACCAACAAUAUUCUCGUGAACGCGCGUCCAUAGAACGACGAGUUACUCUACGAGAACGUUUAGUUCGAGCAGAUUCUCGCCGGGAUACUGAAGAACGUCUUUCCGAUAGAAGAUUAAACAACCAACUAGCUCGUGAUCCCAGAUCUACAGAACGUGAUAGUCUUCGAGAACAUUCAGUUCGAACAGGUUCUCGCCGAGAUACUGAAGAACUUCCAGAACGACGAGAUACUCUACGAGAACGUUCAGUUCGAGCAGAUUCUCGUCGGGACACUGAAGAACGUCUUUCUGAUAAAAGAUUAAAAAACCAACUAGCUUCUCGUGCUCCCAGAUCUACAGAACGUGAUAGUCUUCGAGAACGUUCAGUUCGAACAGAUUCUCGCCGAGAUACUGUACUUCCAGCAGAUUCUCGCCGUGAUGCUGAAGAGCGUCUCUCUGAUAGAAGAAUACAUUCUCGUAAACUCACGUCUACAGAACGACAAGAAACUUUCGGCGAGCAUUUGGUUCGAGCAUAUUCUCGUCGGGACACCGAAGAACGUCUUUCUGAUAGAAGAUUAAGCAACAAACAAUAUUCUCGUGAACGCGCUUCUAUAGAACGACGAGUUACUCUACGAGAACGUUCAGUUCAAACAGGUUCUCGCCGAGAUACUGAAGAACUUCCAGAACGACGAGAUACUUUACGAGAACGUUCACUUCCAGCAGAUUCUCGUCGUGACACUAAAGAACGUCUUUCUGAUAGAAGAUUAAACAACCAACUAGCUCGUGAUCCCAGAUCUACAGAACGUGAUAGUCUUCGAGAACGUUCAGUUCGAACAGGUUCUCGCCGAGAUACUGAAGAACUUCCAGAACGACGAGAUACUUUACGAGAACGUUCACUUCCAGCAGAUUCUCGUCGUGACACUGAAGAACGUCUUUCUGAUAGAAGAUUAAACAACCAACAAUAUUCUCGUGAACGCGCAUCCAUAGAACGACGAGAUACUCCACAAGAAAGUUCAGUUCGAACAGAUUCUCGCCGGGACACUCGAGAACGUCUAGCUGGUAGAAGACUAAACAAUCAACUACAUUCUCGUGAACCCAAAUCUACAGAACGACAAGAAACUCUCGGCGAGCGUUCAAUUCGAGCGGGUUCUCGUCGAAACACUGAAGAGCGUCUCGCUGAUAGAAGACUAAAUAAUCAACUACCAUCUCGUGAAUCCAGGUCUACAAAACGACAAGAAACUCUCCACGGGCGUUCAGUUCGAGCAGAUUCUCGCCGGGACACUGAAGAGCGUCUCGCUGGUAGAAGACUAAACAAUCAACUACAUUCUCGUGAAUCCAGAUCUACAGAACGACAAGAAACUCUCGGCAAGCGUUCAAUUCGAGCAUAUUCUCGUCGGGACACCGAGGAACGCCUUUCUGAUAGAAGAUUAAACAGCCAACGAUAUUCUCGGGAACGCAUGUCCAUAGAACGACGAGAUACUCUACGAGAACGUUCAGUUCGAGCAGAUUCUCGUCGGGACACUGAAGAACGUCUCGCUGAUAGAAGACUAAAUAAUCAAAUACAUUCUCGUGAACACAGGUCUUUAGGACGACAAGAAACUUUUGGCGAGCGUUUAGAUGCAGUAGAUUCUCGUCGGGACACUGAAGAACGUCUUUCUGAUGGAAAAUUAAACAACCAACGAUAUUCUCGUGAACGCAGGUCUAUAGAACGGCCAGAUACUCUAAAAGAACGUUCAGUUCGAGCAGAUUCUCGUCGGGAUACUGGAGAACGUCUUUCUGAAAGGAGACUAAAUAAUGAACUACAUUCUCGUAAACCCAGGUCUACAGAACGACAAGAAACUCUCGGCGAGCUUUCAAUUCGAGCAAAUUCUCGCCGCAACACUGAAGGGCGUCUUUCUGAUAGGAGAUUAAACAACCAACGAAAUUCUCGUGAACGCAUAUCUAUAGAACGUCUAGAUAGUCUACGAGAACGUUCAGUUCCAGCAGAUUCCAGAUAUGUAUCUUCAGAACAGGUUUCUACCAGAACUGACAGGCAUUUCAAUAAGAGAUUAUUUAGUACAAACGAAGCCGAUUCAAGAAGUGGAGAUGUAAAUAUUGUUUCUGAAUUUAUUCCAUAUUUCAAAGAAAAGUACAAUUCAGCAAUAACCGCCGGUCAAGUAAUACUUACAUUAGCUCUUCUAGGACCAAUUAUUUUUAAUAAAUCUAAGAACAACUUAAGAUUAUUCGAAUGUCAGGAGUUUUGGAUAAAGAAGAUAUUUUAAAUUUUUAAUUUCCGGGAAUAUCCAAGAAAUAUCUAUUCUAUGACGACUUUUGGCAAAGCUUCACGGUACCUUCCUUAGUAAUAACUAGCAUAAUUCUAUUAGAGAUAUUUAUUGUUGUUUAUUUUCAAUGAAUAUUUAUUACAAAUACCAACCAAAUAACAAAUAAAUAAAUAGUAUUAAAUGAUAUAAAAAACACGUAUAACAUUGUAUUUAAUCUAUGAAACGUUAAAAUAAUUUAUCAAAACCUUCACAUAAUUAAAAUUCUACAAAAUGUUAUUAUUUCAAUACAUAUAUAAAUGUAAUAAAAAUGUUAGAAAUAUAUAAUCUAAA